CCGCCGCCGCGCAGCGUCGCCACUGCUGGCAACACUGCUGAUGUUUGGUUGCUGAAGGUUUCAGCUGAGGGCUUUCUUCUGUUGUUGUGGAACCCAUCUCUUGUGUGUGUUUGAGCUUAUGCCUGGUUGCCUGUCUGUCCAGUGCAGGCCAAUGCUGUGCAAGUGGUGCGGUUCUCAGCUGUACUACUGCCUUUACUAUGUUGUCUUACUGGCCGCUAUCGUAGGAUCGCAUCCGUCGGCAUUUACUUCGCUACCGUUCCACCUCAACGAAUGCUUCCAAAUGCCGUGCACUUUAACCGCGAACGUUCCCUACACGCAAUCACUUCCACACACAACAUCAACAGCCUAAACCGUUUCCUUCGUUUCCAUCUAUCCUGCGUACCGCCAUCACCACCACCACUAUUAUUACCUAGCACCACUACUAACACAUUUAUUUACAAGGCGACCCACUGUACGAAUCACGGCUCUUUGAUUUGCUACCGAGGUUAACAAUACCACACCAUCUCACGAACCCCCACUUUGUCUUCUUGUACCUCAACAUUAUCUUCUACUCUUUUUCUACAUUGUCCAGAGAUCGCUCAAUGGAAUGUAUCAAUAAUUGAUCUUUUUCAAAACUUCUAACACUAGAGAUGUACUAUGGUGCCAGCUGUUCACUACCAGUGAACUAAGGCCUUGAAGAGAUGGGUUAUGAAGUUGUCAGAUUUCAGGGGGAUGUUGAUGAAGAAUUGAUUUGUGCUAUUUGCAGUGGAGUUCUUGAGGAUCCACUCCAGGCUCCUCAGUGUGAACAUGCAUUCUGUUCUGUGUGUAUCCACGAGUGGUUGACCAGACAGCCUACAUGUCCUGUAGAUCGUAACCCCAUCACACCCAAUCAAUUGAAGUGCGUCCCCCGCAUCCUACGUAACUUGCUGUCUCGACUGACCAUAAGCUGUGAGAACGCCAACUACGGUUGCACAGCAAUACUAAAUCUGGACAUGUUGCAGACACACCUCCAAGAGUGUGAACACAACCCAAAGAAACCAGUCCACUGCGAAGCUGGAUGUGGACUUGUGGUGCCCAUGGAUGAAUUCAAAGACCAUAAUUGUGUUCGAGAACUGAGGAAUUUGGUCCAACAACACCAACAGAAAAUGUCCGAAAUGCAAGUUGAGCUCAUGGAACACAAAUUACAACUGAAAGAACAGAAGCGAGAGAUGCAGCAGCUAAAAGAAUACAUGCGCUGUAUGAGGGUUUCAAACCCCCGGAUUAGAGAGAUGCAGUCAGAAAUGGAAAAUGCAGAUGUUGUUAGAUGGGUAUCAAACCUUCAGAAAGCUCGUGUCACUCGAUGGGGUGGUAUGAUUUCUACACCAGAUACUGUAUUACAGGCUGUCAUCAAACGAGCCCUUAUUGAUAGUGGCUGUCCUCCACAUAUUGUUAAUGAACUUAUGGAAAAUGCCCAUGAGCGGCGCUGGCCUCGAGGGCUUGGUACCCUUGAGACACGACAGCUUAGUCGACGGCAGUAUGAAAACUAUGUAACAAAACGUAUACCAGGAAAACAAGCUGUGGUGGUCAUGUCAUGUGAAAAUGAACACAUGCCGGAAGACUUAAUACUGGAACCAGGUCUUGUAAUGAUCUUCGCGCAUGGUGUGGAAUGAGAAUGAUGCAAGGGUUUUUCUUUUGGUAAUCCUAUGGUGACUACUGCUGUUGCGGAAAACAAGGAGAUUGGUUUCUGCAUCAUUCAUUUAUCUGUCUGUCUGUCUCUCUUUCUCUUUCUUCAACCUUAAGUAAGGAUGAGAAGGUUUACGAGGAUGGGGCUGCUGCUGCUGCUGUCAUUGCUGCUGAAGGGGAAAGUGUGACUGCUGCAGAUCUAGCCGAGUGUUGUAUGACCAACAACAAGGAGAUUGUACAGCUGACUGGAGCGUGAAGCCUGUGAAUGGACGAAUGUGUGCAUACAUGCAUGCAUGCAUGCCUGCGUGCAUGUCUUUAAUGUUUCUGCAUGCAUCUUUUUUUUUCUCCCCCCCAACCAACCAACCAAUUGUGUUUGAUACUGUGGCUUCUGCUACUGUUGACUUCGGAACCAUUCUCUCUGAUAUUUCAAUCAAUUUGUUAUCAAUGCUUUUAACCUUCCCCUCAACAACAAAAUAAAAAUAUACAAGAAAAAUUACCAAAUAAGGACAUGACAACAACAAGAAAUAAAUACAAAAUAUUACCCCUUGUUGCUGCAACCAACUGUAUUUUCGAAUUUUAUCCAAAUUUUCCAUACAUACUCCCUUUUUCUAUUUGUUCGUUUCUUGAAAGAUGGCAAGAGUGAAAGAAAAUGAUUAAAAAUGCAUUUGUGGAUGUGGAUUUUUUUUCCUAUUAAUUGGGUAAAACUGGAUAAAAACUUGCCUUCUCAUUCAAUGUUUCGGCCCUGUAACACUGCUGCUUCUAUUCUAGUCUUUGAAAAAGAAAUGAAAGCUUUGAAGACAGCUAGAAUGAAGGAAUCUAAUGGAGACUAACAGACUGAGCUAAAAUUUACUCUUGAAGACCUACGAGAGAGGCUCACUGGAGGAAGAGGUAAUGUUCCAUGUUUUGAAAGGACUUUUUUUCCUCCCUUUAGGCUUGAACUGUGAAAAUGAAGAAAAAAAUUGUGUGAUCUAAGUUGGUUGUUGUUUUAAAUAAUUUUUAUGUGUUUAUUGUUUUAUAUCUUGCAACUAUUAUUAUAAUUUUUUUUUUAAUCUCAGGGGCCUGCUUUAUUUGUUGAAUAAAUAAACCAGGAUGAAUGUGGA